AUGGUCAAGGAUACCAAGUUCUACGAUUGCCUCGGGGUUCCCCCGACGGCCACUGAGGCUCAACUCAAGACCGCCUACAAGAAGGGUGCCCUCAAGUAUCACCCUGACAAGAACACGAACAACCCCGAAGCUGCCGAGAAGUUCAAGGAAUUGUCUCAUGCCUACGAAAUCCUGUCCGAUCCUCAGAAGCGUCAGAUCUACGACCAGCUCGGUGAGGAGGGUCUCGAAGGUGGUGCCGGCGGAGCUGGAAUGGGUGCCGAGGAUCUCUUUGCUCAGUUCUUCGGCGGCGGCGGCGGUUUCGGUGGCAUGUUCGGCGGUGGUAUGCGUGACACGGGUCCCAAGAAGGCCCGUACUAUUCACCACGUGCAUAAGGUCAACCUCGAGGAUAUCUACCGCGGCAAGGUCUCCAAGCUGGCUCUGCAGAAGUCGGUCAUUUGCCCUGGCUGUGAUGGCCGCGGCGGUAAGGAAGGCGCCGUCAAGUCUUGCACGGGUUGCAAUGGCUCCGGUAUGAAGACCAUGAUGCGCCAGAUGGGCCCCAUGAUCCAGCGGUUCCAGACCGUCUGCCCUGACUGUAACGGUGAGGGUGAGAUCAUCCGCGAGAAGGACCGCUGCAAGCGCUGCAACGGUAAGAAGACCGUUGUCGAGCGCAAGGUCCUCCACGUCCACGUCGACCGUGGUGUGAAGAACGGCCACAAGAUCGAGUUCCGCGGUGAGGGUGACCAGAUGCCUGGUGUUCUCCCGGGUGAUGUCGUCUUCGAGAUCGAGCAGAAGCCCCACCCUCGCUUCCAGCGCAAGGAUGACGAUCUUUUCUUCCACGCCGAGAUUGACCUUCUUACCGCCCUUGCUGGUGGCACGAUCAACAUUGAGCACCUCGAUGACCGGUGGUUGACUGUUACCAUUGCCCCCGGUGAAGUUAUCACUCCUGGCUCUAUCAAGGUCAUCAAGGGCCAGGGUAUGCCUUCUUACCGCCACCACGACUUCGGCAACCUGUAUAUUCAGUUCGACGUCAAGUUCCCCGAGAAGGACCAGCUGCAGAACCUCAACCUCCUUGAACAAGUCCUCCCGCCCCGCAUGGAGCAGCCUCAGCCUCCGUCCGACUCCAUGGUUGAGGACUUCGAGCUUGAGGAAGUCGACUCGAGCGAGUACUCUCAGGCACGUGCCCACGGCGCGGCCAACGCCAUGGAUGAGGAUGACGAUGAUGUUCCUCCUGGUGCUGAGAGAGUGCAGUGCGCUUCUCAGUAA